AUGGGCACCCGGCACGCUGUGAAAAAUAUUUCGAUUCGAUGCAAUCGCGCCGCCCCUCAAUGUGAAAAAUGCAAAGCUAUUGGAGCUGAGUGUGAAUACCUGCCACGGAAGUCCCGAGCGAAGAAACAGGGGAACAACAACGCCGAGAAUGGUCUUCUCUUGGAUAUUCUUGAUCGUCUUAAACGCCUGGAAAAACAUUGUGGCCUAGAGAAAGGUCGAGAAAGCGAUGAAAAUGGCCGUCGUUUGGUGUCCUCCGACACCGUUGGUUUUGUCCCAUCGGAUGAAUCCAGCUUGGUCAGUGGGAUCUUGUGUCACAUCAAAAAUCCCAAGGGUAAAGCAAUGCUUCUCUCCAGUGUAUUCAAUCCACUGCGAGCGACCAAAUGGUGGUUUUUCAACAAUGAACGCUGCAUGAGGGCCAUCACUGCUGCAAUGGCGGAAAUCGAGUAUGUGCAGACCGCACCAGUAAACGAGCCACCAGCGAGUCCUGAAAUGUCAAAAGACAUGGCGAAGCACUUGGUCCAGGAGUUUUAUACCCGUUUCCAAUUCGAAGGACACAAAAUUCCCUUGGAGAAAGGCUUUUUGCUUUCCAUCCCUGACUUAUUAGAAAACCCUCAUGUUCAAAUUGACUACCCAUGCCAAAUCAUUUACCAUACCGUUCGUAUACGAGGGAUUGUUCUGGAUACCAGUUCUUACGAGGAUAGCGUCGGCCUUCUCAGACACCUUCAUCAGGCGUGUCUGGCCCUCACCGAUCGCUGGCUCGAUCGGAUUCAAAAUACCCCUGCUGACAUGGAGGCGGCUUUUUCAAUGGUGUCGAUGGCGCUCGAAGCUUGCGAUAGCGAUUUGGCGUGGAAGAUAUUCGGCCAUGCCUGCACCAUCGCCCGGUCUUUGGGGUAUUUUUCAGUAGAUACAGAUCCAGCAGAUCCAACAGAGGCAGCUCCCGCGAAUGAACCGGCGACCAGCGAGACCGAAGUAGAGAAGAAUCGAAAACGGUUCACGUUCUGGCAUCUAAUUCGAACAGAUCAUCUCUUCCGCCUCUCCUACGGCAAGCCGACUCUUAUCCCCGCGGGCUCCUGGAAGGUCAACUUCCCAGAUCCCACAAUCAGUGGCGUCGAUGAUGAAUCUUCUCGCUUUAUUCAGAUUCACUUUCUGGCUUCCAUGCGACUUGCCCUGGUGGUGAUGAAGUAUCUAGACUGGAUUGACUCGGGCCCAGAUCCUGACCCGAUUUUGCAUGAUGCAACCGUGGACGGCUUCCUUGAGGAGGUGCAGUCAAUCAUGUCUGAUUGGGAUACAGAUAAGCUUCUUCUAAUGGCCAAGACCGGGAUCGACAAACGGUACUACGCGGAUAUGAUCUCCGGCAGCUACAAGAUUCUCAUUGUUCUUCACCAGUCGAAGAAAUACCACCAAGAAAGGUGCCAUUUACCACAGCAUACGGUGGAUAUCUCUAGGAAGUCUAUACAGAUGUUCCGGUCUCUCCUGGGACCAUUAUUGAACACCUAUUGGGGAAUCAGUGCCAUUUUGCACCAUCAGUUAAUCCCUUUUUUUAUUAUAUGCUUGGAUAUCAUUGGGAAUCCUGGUAGUGGUGACAUCGAGACAGACCUCGCUUCAGUGACUUGGAUCAGUGACUAUGUCGAAAAGGUCGCCCAGGAGCGAGCUGAGCUGAGACCAGUGAUGAUGGUCUUCACGGCUAUGGCUUCCGCUUGCCACCACGUCAAUAAGGAGCGUUUGGCGUCUUCAAUGGCAGGAAGUCCAUUGACCAGCUCUUAG